UAUCUAGAACACCUAGUCUAUCCAAAAUCUUAGGCACAAACACAGCAACGAGCAUCCAGAAAAAUUCAAUAAUGGCGUUUAUGCAUCUUCAUCAUCAUCUUCUUCCAUCGCCGUCUCUCUCAUUCUCGAAGGCUUCACCGUCGGUUUCCAGAUCAUUAUCUUGCUUGUAUACGCCAUCAUUUCCGUCCAAAAAAUCAACUGAUUGCAUCAACUGGCUUCUUCGUUUUCCCCAAAAAUCUCUGAGUUUCGCGCUUUCUGGAGCUCUCGCGCUCGGAAUAGCUAUCUCUGGAGUUAGAUUUGCGGACGCUAUAGUUGGGGUUAACAAACCAGAAUUGCUUCCCAAGGAGUUCACCUCUGUCAUUGAUGUUGCUGGAUUUCUAUCUGACGGUCAGGAAAUUAGGCUGAAACAAGAAAUUGCUGACAUUGAGAAGGAUACUGGUUAUAAGUUGCGAGUUUUGGCUCAAAAUUAUCCUGUGACACCAGGGCUGGCAAUCAAAGAUUUCUGGCAAGUGGAUGAUAGAACAAUUGUGUUUGUUGCCGAUCCUACAUUUGGUAACAUAUUGAACUUCAAUGUCGGAGCAUCUGUCGAUUUGGACAUUCCACGGAGCUUUUGGAGCCGUUUGGCUGGAAAGUAUGGAAACAUAUUUUAUUGGAAAGAGAAGGGUGAAGAUGCGUCUAUUGAAUCAGCUGUCAUUGCAAUAUCUAAUUGCUUGAAAGAACCAGUUGGGCCAAAUAACUGUUCUGAGAUAAAAUAACAGCAUCAAACAAUUUUGUAAGUAUUUUAAACUAUAUUUGGAUGUUCUGCCAAUGUUGCAUUAUAUAUAGCCUUGUCUUGCUGCAAUUUGCAUGUCUUAAAUGAAAUCCUGUUCUUUUCCCUUUUCAAGAAUGUGGUGUAAGUCUAUUACUUGCGAAAAGAGCACUGGCAAUAGUGAUAAAAGAAAAGAUAUGAAGGAAUUUGAUUCAUUGCGUAGACA